ACACCUGAACGGCUAUUCAUGCGCAGCAAUUCUCCGAACGUGAUGAUUCAUUAAUAAUUUUUUUAUGUCCGGAGCUACACAAAGCGAUUUCUUCUUUGAGAAAAAUAUGACACGUUCACAUGUAAAGUAUCAAAUUGCCAGGGACGAUGUAGAUACAACAGAUUAUUUGGCACAAAAUGUCCCAGAUUUUCAAAAUUUGUCGAAACUGGAGAACUCAUUUUGGAGAAAAGCAACCCAAGCCCUUUUACUAAUCUCCGCUUACUUUGUUCUAUCAGUGGGCCUUACAUUUUACCAACCGUGGCUUUAUAAUACGUAUGGAUUUAAUUUUCCUCUGGGAGUAGUGGUUUGCCACUUGGUCGUCAAGUUCAUACUGGCCGCAUUGAUAAGAUGCAUCAGAAGAUGUUGCAACAGCAAGCAGAUAAAUCUUCCGUGGCAAAGUAUAGUUUGGUCAUUAAUGGCACCUGGCAUUGCCAGCGGUGUCGAUGUUGGUUUGUCAAAUUGGGCGCUUUCAUUGAUCCACAUGUCCUUGUACACCAUGACUAAGUCAACCACUAUUAUAUUUAUUCUUGGAUUUUCCCUCGUCUUUAAACUGGAGAAGAAGUCAUGGUCACUAGUAGGAAUAGUAGUGAUGAUAGCAGGAGGAUUGGCGAUGUUCACGUAUAAAUCUACCCAAUUCGGUGUUUUUGGAUUUAUACUGUGUCUCUUAGCGUCAUUCGCGAGUGGCUUUCGGUGGACUAUGACACAACUGAUCAUGCAAAGAUCCAAACUUGGCCUCCACGAUCCAAUAGACAUGAUGUACUAUAUGCAACCCUGGAUGCUGUUACCCGCGUUAUUUGUAGCUUCGUGGUUUGAAGGAAGCAAAAUAUACGGUAAUUUUAAAAGCACCGACUGGAGCGACAUCGGUGGCAUUUUAUUGACUACGAGUGCUGUAAUAGCCGGUGCCAUUCUAGCAUUUAGUAUGGAAGUGAUGGAAUUCUUAGUUGUUACUUAUACUUCUAGUCUGACAUUGUCGAUCUCGGGAAUAUUUAAGGAAAUAUUCAUAUUGAUACUGGCCUUCGUUUGGAAAGGUGACCAAAUGACUGGCUUUAACUUCAUAGGAUUGUUAAUGUGCCUUGGUGGUAUAACACUUCACGUUGUCCAGAAGAUAUUGGUCAAUAGGAAGAAGGCGGUUGAUAAUUUGGAAUUGCAAUCAAAGUUGCCGAGUGAGAAUCCUAAGCACGAAGAGGGGACCGAUUCGAAUAUACCGUUAUUAACGGAGAAAUCAACGUCCUUGAUGAAUCUUCUGAACGCGGAAUUCAGCUCAGAUGAAGACGGUGGCUCGAGAGAGGGUGACAAUUCGACGCAAAUACUGUCUGAUAUUUUGCAACGCAGAGAGCAGUGACACAUCGUGAAUCUUUAGCUCUAAUACACACUGCUCUGCAAGGCGUACUUCAACGAGGAGGAACAUUCCAGACAACGUACAUUUACAGCUUGUAGUAUUUUAUAUUUUUGCAUCAUAAACUUUACAGUUGAUAACGUUUGAAACGUUGACAUCACGGGUUAUAUUCUAAGAUUUAGCGUGUGAAAGUUAACGUAACGAAAAACGCGAAAGAAAGAACGUCAGUCUUUUUAAGUAUUCCUUGAGAUGGUCUUUUGGAUGAGGGUUUAUGUAAAGAAUUAAUCAUUAUAUCAUUUUAAGAUAAUUUGAUGGCAAAAACAUGUUAUAUGAGUAUCCUGGAAAAUUGCGAAGUACAAAGAAAGUGAGAUGAGAUCGACUUUAUUAUACAUGUAUUUCAAUAUUCAGUAGAAAAAAAAUGUGGCUACAUGUGAAGAAGCUAAGUCAUUGUUUCGAAAUAUGAACAAAUGUUCUGCUUUACAAUUGGUUGGUAAUCUGUAUAAUUGAUCUUCAAUUUAAAAGAUACGCUUCCACAAUACAACAAUAACUCGAUCUUUGUUUGCAUAAUAAUUUUCUAGUGACUAAAAUAAACGCACAAUAUAUAUAUACGAUAAAUUCAAAUGGAACUUGAUAGUUAAAACAAGCUAGUAUAAAAUUCAGAUAUAUAAUUUAUUUUAUACAAGAAUUUAGAAAAAUUCUUGUGUGUGUAUGUGUGUGGAUGUGACUAUAUGUAAGUCUUGUAAAAUAAUAACAGUCGGAUAGAGCUAACACGCGCGACAAUUCAAUAUGUUAACAAUAACGCAUCCUGUCGUACCAAAAAAGAAAAUAGAAUAAAGUUAAUUUUAUUUUUAUAUCCUCAUAUUGAGGGUGUGAAUUUUCUAUCUUGUGAUUAGAGCUUAAUAAAUAUUUUACAUAUGAAUGUUA